AUGCUUUAAAACUUAUACGAUCUUGUUUGCUGCCGUUAGAAUGCAGCUUUUGGUAGUCAAAAACGCAGUGUAUCUCUUGCAUUAAAUCAAAACUAAUCCAAUCAUCUCAAGGAGAAUGAAUUAAUUCAUGAAGUAGAUGAUUAAAUAAAGGAUUUGAAAAAGGAAAUUCCUAUUUUGUAAAUUGAUCUUGAAGAUUCUCAUAUUUAUAUAACAAGUGAGAGGCAUAGAAUACCAAAGCAGCUCUAGUCCGAAUAAUUCUGUUAAUUGAAAAAGAAACACUCAAAAAUCUCUAAUCAAAAUGAGUCAUUUGUCUCAAAAUAUUCUAGCUUACCAGAGGAUCUUGUUACUUCCUCUGUGAGCCACACCAAUUACGAUAAUAUGAAACAAAAUAGUGGAUCAAUAUAAUAAAGUGAUGCGCCAAAUGACUCUUUUAAUGAAAAGUUGACUUCUCAUGAAACAGAGUAUAAGAUUACUUAAAACGUGGAUUAGCUAGACACUUCUUUGCUAUACUAGAUGUUGUCCAAUGAAAGCAAAGAACAUAAACUUCUCUAUUCCUAUAAUGAGGAAUAAACUAAUAAAUUCUCUAAUUAUCCAAGAAGCUCAUUUCUCACAGCUGAUAGUUUAAAUUACACUCUACAAAAAAACAAGACUGAUGCAAAAAACAGAAUGCAAGAUUUGCUUAGUGGAACAUUCGCCACUAAUAGAAGUAAAUUGUCAUUUUGCUAUACAAUGCUAAGAAAAACUUUAAAUGAUUAACAGCAUAAAACAAUGGAUAAGAAAAUCAAAGCUUAGUCACAUAAUCCUAGCCCCUAUAGUAAAUAUAACAUAAAGUCAACUAAGUCUAAAAUCUAGAGUGACAUUGAGAAGAAUUAUAUUAAAAAUUGA